UACCUGAUCGGCCCUGCUUGCGGACAAUCUCACGGAUCCCCUUGCAGCCGACGCAACUGGCUUUGGUCAGAGCUGCGCAGAGGAUGCAGCUCCUGCGGCACACUGAUCGGUGCUCCAAGCCAUCGCGGAUCAAGCGAUUGUCGAUGGUUACAAUUCCAUGGUCGCACGGGGCGAGGUUGUCGAUGAUCAGCAUGUUGGUGCCGCAGUCGGAUAGCUCGGCCAGGAGUUUUCGCAGUAAGUAGUGGCACAUUCUGCAGCAGAUCGGGUAAGCCCAGGAACGUCAGUGCCGAGUCCCACAGUCCCUUAUACCGGUUGAUAGUCCCAGGAUUGGCAUCGCCUGCCGCUACAUCCAUGCCGAUGAGGAUCAGCACUCCCCAACCUUGUAAAGGUUCGCACUUGUAAAGGAUAUAAAUACAGAAAAGAAACGAUAGCACCAAUAAAUAUGCAUAUUUUGGAAAUUAGUUGUAAAUCCAUAUAUGUAGUUCGACUAAGGGAAGUGUAAAAAUGCAGAAAUUCGAGUAGCUUAGAUUUCCCCCGAAACUGGCGGAUGAAAUUGUUAUUACAAUAAUAAAGUAAAUAUCUGACAAGAUUUAAAUACGUGCGCGUACAUCUCUGGAUAUCUUCCCUUCCUUUUAAAACUGCGCCUUAUCAUUGAAAACUGCUAUUUGAUCAAAUUGAAUUUAAUAAGAAUCGGAUCGGACCAGCAGCGACUAUCCAUUGCAACGACGAUAACCAAGACAAGAUUUACAGCUGCCAUUUGUGAAUUUCCAUGUGGAUAUCCAUCCAGCAAUUGGAUGGUGGCCAGGUGGCCGCUAUCGGGAAACCAUAUACGCGUACGAGUAUGUAGCUCCAGAUAAGACAUGGUCAAGGGACAUCAGGGACCAAAGAAUACAUCAGAAUCGUCGCAUUGAACUUUGAAUCGGUUAGAUUUGCAGAGCCCAACACAGCAAAUAGCAAAUAGAAUUAAUAAUAACAAAAACAAACAAAAAGAAAAAGAAAAAGAACAAACAAAAAGAAGCCUAAUCUUAUGAAAAUAGUGCCUAAUGAUUGACAAUAAUCUACUCGUAUCUGGCUUAGAAAGCUAGAAAGAGCAGGCAACCAGCAACCGAUAAGCUUUGCUGAUUUCUAAAUUUGUACGCAAUGCUAAUCAGCCUGCAAUAGGCCCCCAUACUCGUUUAGCGAUUGGAGAGUGCCAAAGAACUGGCGAAUCAGGUCAGGCAGAUCAGAUCCCCGGAAUGACCUGCCACCGGGUGGACACAAAGCGAACAAACAAGUUAAUAUAGUAAAUAUAUUUCCGCACACAUCAGACCUAAUCGGCUUCAUGGUGCCACAUAGGUGUGUGCCAAGAGGCAGGGGCCAGCUAAGCGAGCUCACCAAAUGUAGCGCACAGAUGGCGCGAGUCUCGAAAGGCUGAGGCUAUAUCCGCGACUACUUGGACGGAGACUCAGUUGAAGACUAGACCAACAGCACAAUGGAGGCCCUACUAGUGAGCUGGACACAGGCUGGGGAGCUUAUGCAGGACCGCUGGCUGUCGCUGCUCGACGUGAUCGGCGAUGAUCCCUGGCGGCUGUGGGUGCUGGGCAGCACUGUGACCAUAUUCUCCGUCUACUGGCUGUAUGCGGCGCUCUUCACCAUUAUGGAUAUCACAAAUUUGCCGCGGUUCAUACGCAAAUACAAGAUCCAGCCGGGCCAGAACGAGCCCGUGGAUCUGGCCAAGCUUUGGCGUGCCAUCAAGGUGGUGCUGUUCAAUCUGACGAUUGUCAAUCUGGCUACUUCCUGGGGUAUGUUUGAACUGGCCUACAAGAACAAGAACAGCCAGGAUGUUCGGGAGCUGCCGACAUUCAAGCGGUCGGCACGGGAUUUGGUGGCGUUUGUGGUGCUGGAGGAGAUCAUGUUCUACUACGCACAUCGCCUGCUGCACCACAAGGCAGUGUACAAGUACGUGCACAAGAAGCAUCACGAGUGGACGGCCCCGAUAGCGGCGAUCACGCUGUAUGCCCAUCCCCUGGAGCAUGUGUUGGCCAACGUGCUCCCGGUGGCACUCUCCAUAGCCCUUCUGGGCACCCAUAUCGCCUUGGCUUGGCUGAUCUUUGCCUUGGCCAUUGUCAACUCGAUGAGCGAUCAUACCGGAUACAGUUUUCCCUGGUCGGGAGGGUCGGUCCGCUUCCACGACUAUCACCAUGCCAAAUUCAACUAUAAUUAUGGUGUGAUCGGAUGGUUGGACAAAUUGCACGGGACAUAUCGUGCCACGCCGGAACAGAAGCCCCCCAUGCAGGCCAGGGGAAAAGGAAAAACUGUUAAGAGGAAAACAAAGCAACAAUAAUUCGGCUAAAAAAGUCCAGUGUAAUAUUUUUUAUUUAUUUGUAAAUAAAUUCAAAUUUUCAGUGUUGGCAGACGGCAAGUU